GUCACCGCUAAGGUUUGCGACAACGAGAGGACUAAAGGGCCCCAAAAGCACGUGGGGAACGCGGAGAUGCCGUUCUCGUCAUCCGUAGUCCGUUCGGACUAUAUGACAAAGUGCGACGUUCAUCGUUCAGAUGGUGUCGUACAGAGUAGAAAGAUCCGAUUCUUCCGCAAGUCGAACUUCAAGGGACGUUUAUCGACCUCGUCGAUCUCCAUCUGGCCUCAUAAGUCUGUGCUCCUCGGAAUAUCGAAAACACUAUGUGGCUAUUAUGGGCACCGGUCGUUCUCGCGGCUGUGAUAGUCGCAUUUGAUCGACUGCGCAAGAAGAUUAAGCCGAAUUAUGGGCUUCCACUCGUCGGGUCUCCUGAUGAACAGAAUCUGUCCUCCGCUAUCAUCGACGGCUAUCAAAAGUAUCCAGACACGGCUUUCGUGGUUCCAAGUGACCCCCCACGGGUCAUGCUUCCAAUGAACCUGUACCAGGAGGUCAUCCAAGCACCAGACACGGAGAUGUCCUUUGCGGCUGAGAUCUAUGACAUCUUUCUCGGCCGUUACACUCACGUCGGAGAAAGUCGAGGAGAAGUAAUCGAGGCUGUACGGGUCGACUUGACCAGGAAUAUGUCCGGUGUCCUCCGACCAAUACAGGAGGAAGCCCAGUUCGGCUUGAACCAGCUAAUUGGGGAUUCGGCAGAGUGGAAAACGUUCAAUUCGUACCACAUGGUUCUCCGCAUGAUUGGCUUGAUGAGUGGCCGAGUCUUCGUUGGCCUGCCUUUGAGUCGCGAGGAGGAUUGGAUCCGGGCUUCGAUCACCUUCGCUACGGACGUGGGGAAAAGUCGCAUGGCUGCCCUCCAAUGGAACCCCUGGAUCAGGCCUUUUGUUCUUCCGUUUCUUCCUGAAGUGCGGCAUACGCGCCGUGCGCUCCAAAAAGCAAACGAGCACAUGCGACCUCUGGUGAAGGAAGUUCUUCGAAAUGGGAACUUGCCUGACGAAAAGCCGGCGAAACCAGGCGCUCCUGGAGCUUUUGUAUCAUGGAUGAUGAAGUAUCUGAGCGCUAAAGAGAAGACUCCUGAGACGAUGGGGACUAAUCAGAUGUUGCUUUCAUUCGCUGCCAUUCACACAACUUCCGGAACGACUACGUUGGCUCUGCACGACUUGCUUGGCCGCCCCGAAUACAUCGAGCCUCUCCGUGAGGAGAUUGCGGGAGUCAUCAAGGAAGAUGGUGUAGAAAGUGACGAAAACGGACAAGUGUUUCUAUCAAAGUCUUCUGUGGGCAAACUGAAGAAGCUUGAUAGCUUCAUCAAAGAAAGUCAGCGCACAAGUCCAUUGAGCCUUGCCGGGACAUCUCGAAGGCUUCGCAAAGAUCAAACCUUUUCAAAUGGCAUGAAAUUGCCUGCUGGAGCAGCCAUUUCCUUUCCCUUGUGGGCCGUGUAUAACUCUACCACAACGAAGACCUUCAGCCCAGAGUACAACGCCGAAACCGGCAACGCGUCACCUAGCGAGUUUGAUGGUUUCCGUUUCGCUCGUCUUCGAGACCAGCCAGGUCGUGAGAUGAAGCACCAAGCUGCGACCACAGGGCCAGAUGCGUUCAACUUUGGGCACGGCCCGCAUGCAUGUCCGGGGCGCUUCUUCGCUGUUUAUGUGAUCAAGUGCAUAUUCAUCGAGUUGUUAAUGAACUAUGAUAUCCAUCUGAAGGGCAGUGCUGGUCUUGAGACUACGGAAAGGCCACAGAAUCAGAUCAAGCAAAUGAUCGUACAGCCAAACUUUGGGGCUGAGGUCGAGGUUCGAAGGCGGAUGAAGGUUUGAGAUCCGGAAUUGGCUACCUGUGAACACAAAGGGGGGGCUGAGGUGCUUUAAGUAAGACUCAUUUUCUAGGCGAGACGAGGAUUUUCAACCCUAUUUAAUGACAGCAGAGCAAAAUGCAAGAUUCUAAAGUUGCAAUUAAAGA